AUGACAGACAGUAUAGUGGACCAAGUAACUGAUCCCAGUAAAACCAAACUAUUCCUCAGUGAUGCCUCUGCAAACAUUAUGAAACAGCUGGAGUUGACUAAGUAUGUGAAAGACUACAGCACGUUUGCAGGUCGAGUUGGCGCUCUUGAAGACAUGCUAAGGAGCUUUUUUCAAACUCAGGAGGAUUAUUCUAAAUAUUUAGAAAUCCAGCUGACUGUUCAGCGAGAACGAUGUGUGGAAUUGACUGACAAAUGGAACAGUGCGGAGAAUCAAAGCAGUACACACAAGCUUUAUCUCAAUGAAACUAGAAAAAGUCUCGAGGAAACAAAAAAGAGUCUCAACGAAGCUAGAGAGAAUCUCAACGAGGUCAACCGAACGAAUCCAAAAAAAGAGAUGAUAGAGCUUCGUGGAGACAAAAAAGAGGUCAUAGAGUUACAUCAGAAAAUACUACAGCAUAAAGCAACAGAAGAGAGAUAUGCUCAACAGAUUCUUGAAUUGAACAGACAACUUGAACACCAUAAAGAUACCGAGGCUAGAGCAGCAGAAUUGCAGAAAAAAUAUGAUCUACUAAAGGAAGAAGCCGUCAAAUAUCAAGAUACUUAUGGCCGUCCUACUAAAGAACUUUCAGCUGGACCUUGUCGCAGUAACCCUUUGACUGAACUCGAAAUGGAGAAAGGUGAGUUAGAGAAACAGCUCCGCGAGGCGCGUGUCAACGCUAACUCUUACCAUAAUGCAUAUCAGCAUGAAAAGGCAGAACGAGCAGCAGAACGUGGGUUUUUUCAACAAAUGGCGCAAAGAGUUAAAGAAGCUGAGGCUCGAGCUUCCGAAUUGCAGCGGAGGAAUAACAUGCUCGAGGAGGAAGCUACCGGUCAUCAAGCUGCCCUUGGCGAUACUACUAAUGUCAGUUGGGGUGAUAUUGGUAAAAUUUAUUCUAUCCAGCUCGGAAAGGACAUUGUUAACUUGCAAAAUAGUCUUGAAGAGUUUAUUCGAUUAAAAGAUAUCGAUCAACAAGCAGCCAGUAUGCUAUUGCAGAAAUAUGACUGUCGACUAGAGCCAACGAAGUUAAUCGUCAGCGCUGCACUACAAAGGUAUAUUAUUGAGAAAGUGUUGAGAUAUAUAAAAAAUUAUUUCAACAAAAGUAUCGAGGAUUUGAAUGGGAAAAGUAACAAUGAUCUUGAAUUAUACACUAAGGCUGAUCUAAACUAUUUCUUGGAAGCACUUAUCUUGAAUUCGACAUUGAGUUUGGAGAGUUAUAUAAAAGAGUUUGCUGAAACGCGCAAAGGAGAGGAUGAAUUGACGCGUAUGGCGGGAGUGAAGAUAUGUCAACAAGUAUAUGCUGUACUUGGCAACCGUGGUUUUGCGGUCAACGAUCAUACAUUUUUAGUGAGCAUAGUUAAUUCUGUAUUGAACGAUCUCGACAAAUGUCGUCAGAUUAAGGAUGAAUCAAAAAUGAAAGAUAUCGAAGAUUUGGCUCAGUCUGUCGUUCUUGAGAUUAUCCGUAUAUUUUAUUUCAGGUUCCGGACUCAAGUCCCGGUUGUCGAGUAUAAAUUUUACGAGAGUGGGGACAAGUUUGAUUCCGCUACAAUGGAAUGUGCUCAAGAUGAUGACGGAGAAGGUGACAAGCCAGUUGUUGAGAUAUGUUCGUUCCCACUAGUCGGAGUGAAUAUUUCGGAUAAAAAGAAGAGGCAGAUCUUCAACAAAGCGAAAGUUCAACUGAGACCGGGUCCUUCUACCAGUAGGUGGGGAAUUUUUUAA